UAACCGAUCAACCAAUCCAUUUUGCACUUGCUCACAGAGGCACACGUAUACCAUACCAACACGUCGUCACAGGGGAAGAAAUGGGCUCGUGCGCCUCGCGCUCGCCGGCGGCGGGGUACGGGCGGGCAGCGGCCACCAAGACGGCGAAGGUGAUUGGCCUGGACGGCUCCAUGGCGCAGUACGCGGCGCCGGUCACGGCGCGCGAGGCACUGCUUGACGCCGCCCGCGCGUCGAGCUUCCUGUGCAGCUCGGACGAGCUCCGCCUUGACGCGCCCGCCCGCGCGCUGGCCGCCGACGAGGCGCUCCAGCCCGGGUGGCUCUACUUCGUGCUGCCCGUGUCUAUGCUCCGUCGGCCGCUCUCGGGGCAGGAGAUGACCGCCCUCGCCGUCAGGGCCAGCUCGGCGCUGGCCGUCGCGAGCGGCAUCGCGUCCCCCACGCGCGGCAAGAACGGGAAGCGGCGGAAGGUGGCGGCUCGAGUGGCGCCACUCGCUGACGAUGAAGAUGUCGCGGAGCGGGGCGGUGGAUGGGGUCAACGCCGUGCGUACGGCAAAUACGGUGGCAUGCGCAAGAGCGUGCAGGCCGCCGGUGAUGAGACGGUUCGGAAGGCGAGGGAAGGAGAUGGUUACGGUGGAAGGCGCAACGGCCGUCAUCGUCGUCGACGUCGUGCAGGCGCGCAAAGGUUGAGCGCGAUUUUGGAGGCCGAUGACUUCUGAGUUCAACGAUUCUUGGGAGUGCUUAAUUUAAUUCCGUUAUUAGCUACUGUAUAAGUUGCUUCUGUCCGUCGGUCGACCCGAUCGAACCAUGUAUGUACCGCAUACAACAAUUCCUUGAUGUUUUUUGACAUGAAAAGUUGAAAACUCACUAGCAAAA